UCCGCUGUGUCCGUGGCAAACACGCCUCACAUGUUAACAACUGUAACUUUUCAAUGAAACAACCGAGGGAUUAUUACUGGAAAGAAAUAGAAUAACUCAGACUUUAGGAUAUCAAACGACAUGGACUCCAAACGCCAGAGUGUGAUGAUGGAGCGACUUGUGAGCGAGCUGGGUUCUCUGCUGAAGAUGCUGGACCACGAGACGGUCAGUCCUGCCACUGCUGAAAAGAUGGCCUCCAUACGCAACAUCCUGGACACAGUGCAGCUGUCAGUCAAUGGAUCAGACGUCUACAUGAACAGCUGUCUUUACAGCAACGGCACGAGCUUUGUAGAGUCACUGUUUGAGGAUUUUGACUGUGAUUUGCACAUGCUCAGUACAUCGCCAGUUGAACAGAAAGAGCAUAAAGAGGAAGAAGAGGAGAAGACUCAUCCUAAUAAAUCUACACCAACCGACACGCCCCCUCCCGUGCCAACCACCCCGCUUCCUGAUGACUACUAUGAAGAGGCUGUUCCUCUAGAUCCUGGAUCCACCCCACAGUAUUUUACCACCAAUAUGAGCACUUCCAGGAACUCUGUGGAGGAUGCCUACUAUGAAGAUGCCGACAACAACUACCCCAUCACCAGAAUUAAUGGACCCCCCAAAAACUCCUACAAUGACUCCGAUGCUUUGAGCAGUUCGUACGAGUCUUAUGAAGAAGAGGAAGACGAGGCGAAGGGCCGGGACCAAGCUCAGAGAUGGACGGCUGAGGAAAACCCAGAUGGACCUAUCAGAGACUGCCGCAUCUGUGCCUUCCUGUUGCGCAAGAAGCGCUUUGGCCAGUGGGCUAAACAGCUGGUUGUUGUCCGAGAUAAUAAACUUCAGUGUUAUAAGAGCAUCAAAGAAAGCACUCCCCACACAGAGCUCCCGCUGAAUCUGUGCAACGUCAUCUACGUCCCGAAGGAAGGCCGGAAGAAGAGACAUGAGUUGCGCUUCUCGCUGCCUGGAGGUGAAGCUCUAGUCCUGGCUGUUCAGAGUAAAGAGCAGGCACAGCGAUGGCUCAAGGUGGUGCAAGAUGUUGGCAGCCAAAGUAGCAACACUGAAGGACUUAAUGGAUCUGCUUCUCCCAUUAUACAGAGGAAGUUGGAGCUUGACAAGGCGCUACAGUCUGACAGACAGGCAUCCGACUCAGAGAGUGUGCUAACAGUAGACACUCAGUCCACCGCACAGGUACCAGGACGGGACACCACCGACACACUGAGCAGGGGAAAGCGCGGAGCGUUCUCAGAGCUGACGGGGUCGAUGAGCCGAGCGGCAGGGAAGAAAAUCAAUCGAAUCAUCACCUUCUCCAAACGGAAACCUCCUCUACCGGGAGAGCCUUCCUCUUCUUCUAGUCAGCAUGACAACCCACGCUGUGGCUACCUUAGUGUGUGUCUGAGUGGUUCUUGGAAGGAGCGUUGGUGCGUAGUGCGAGAUGGAAGUCUGUACCUACAGAAGGACCCUGGGGACCAGCGUCCCCCAGUCAUUGUAGUUCCCCUCAAGGGGGCAGAGGUGGUGACGGGAGGCCUCGGCCCCAAACAUCCCUUCUCAUUCCACAUCCUUCAGGGAGGCAACGAACUGGCAGCCUUAGAGGCCAGCUGUUCGGAGGACCUGGGCCGAUGGCUGGGUGUGUUGUUUGCAGAGACCGGCAGCUCAACACUCCCUGAAGAGUUGCACUAUGACUAUAUUGACGUGGACACACUCACUGACAUACGGCACGCUGCCAGACACUCCUUCCUGUGGGCCACUACCACUGCUGCGUCAUCCAGCAGUGCCUCGACAGACUCGAGAACAUACGAUGAGGUCUAUGAAAGUGUUGCGGAUGAGGAUCUCGACAACAGAGCCAGCCAGGUGAGACGUCAUGCGUCAUUCUCCAGCAGGGACUCUGAAAAAACUGAACAGGCUGCUGUCAAGAGACAUGCCUCCAAUGUAAAUCACUAUGCACGCUAUGGGAAGACACGUGCAGAGGAGGACGCCAGGCAGUACCUGACACAGAAAGAGGAGCUGGAGAAGCAAAAAGAAAAGCUCAGAAAUGCACUGAUUGCCCUUCGAAAGGAGAAGAGGGAACUGAAGGAGAAGAUGAAGAGUGGAACAGGUCAUGGUGUGGAACAGCGGUUAGCCGAGCUGGAGACACUGUGCAAACAGAAGGAGGAGGAGAGGGUGGAGCUGGAGCUCAGACUGACAGAGGUCAAAGAAAAUCUGAAGAAAUCACUGGCUAGAGGAGCACUGGCCCCUAAUACUGACACCAAGAUCAAUGUCACGGCACAGAACAAAAAGGCUGAAAAGGUUUACAGUGAGACUGUACCGGUCAACACAGCAUCCGAGCUUCGUAAACGCCCUCCGUCUCUUUGCGCCUCCUCCAAGGGGAACGUCAUGCAGAAGGCAAAGGAGUGGGAGUCGAAGGGGACCUAGACUGAACAUAAACGGAUCGACAGAUGGACUCAUGGAGAGAAAAAAUGAGCUGUGACAGAAGGAUGUGUUAGAGACAGGAAGGAGAAAGAAAAACUGGCACUGAAAAGAAGAAGAUGAAAGAGAGGAGAAGGAGUGCAGACUGACGCAUUCAUUGCUCCCCUUAACUAAAGAAAAAGUGGAAUUUUGGCAAGUUUAGGCAGCAUGGUUCUGCCUCAACCACUGUAAAUAAUACAGACUUGACUGUUGUUCCAGUACAGUAUUAAUGGGGAUCGCUAUGAUCGUGAAAUAUAUAUGUUUCUGUGUGUUUGCAUGUGUGUUUGCUUUUGCAGAAGCCUGCAGAAAGCAAAAAUGUGAUCAUUUCAUAGAAAAGCAAAGGGAGAGAGAGGUCAUCAACACUGUGUGUUCAGUUUGCCCGAAACGCAGUCACAAGCAAGACUUUCUGAGUCAACUGAGUAUUUUACCAAAACUCACUGGUUUUAUUCCAUUUAUUAAAUGAUACUUGUCAAUACAAAAUUAAAAACGAAAGUAAUAAAUUAUUAUUACCUUAAAUUAUCUUUAUUAACGAGAGAAGUAUUAUACAUCUUCAAAUGUGUAUUUAAACCAUUUGGAAAGCAUAUCGAGUAUGACACUGUUACUGGAACCAAUGAGUAAUGUGUAUUAAUGCAAUGUGAAACUAUUAGAUUUUAACCAUUAUAUGUGUAUUUUUUCAUAUUUGACUUUUGCACUUUAUCUUCUUGUAUUUUGUGAUGACACCAAUGUUCUUGUACAUGAGCUUUAUUGCCCUCUUAACAGAAUCAUUGAAGGAUAAACCCCUGUCUGCUUCCCUUAAACACACAUGUUGAAGUAAAG